CGCAUUUACUAAGAUUAUCCAGCCUACUAUUGGCUCUUUCGUUGAUAUACAAAGUGGAAAAUAAAAUAGGACAGUCAGAUUUUUGUUGCCAAAACAGUUACAGUUCUAUAAGGUGAAAAACUCAAAAAAAAAAAAAAAUAAAAGCAUAGAAUUCCAGUAAGCUGAAACUAGAACAGACUUUUUAGAAAAGUGCCAGUGAAAAGAAAAUCAAGCAAGUAAAAUGGAUGCUAAUUCGCUAAACACCCACGAUGUUGAGUUGAGAGAACAAGAUCGAUGGUUACCCAUAGCUAAUGUUGCAAGAUUGAUGAAAAAUACCCUACCACCGAGUGCAAAAGUUUCUAAAGAUGCAAAAGAGUGUAUGCAAGAAUGUGUAUCGGAAUACAUAUCGUUUAUCACUAGUGAAGCAAGUGAUAGGUGUUUAAGAGAGAAGAGGAAGACCAUAAAUGGUGAGGAUAUAUUAUAUUCAAUGUACGACUUGGGGUUUGAAAAUUAUGCCGAGGUUUUAAAAAUUUAUUUGGCCAAGUAUAGAGAACAACAAGCUUUGAAACAAGAACGGGGAGAAACAAGAGCGUCAAGAAAGCAACAGAAACAACAAUUGAAAGAUCAAAUAGAACAAGAACAAGAACAAGAACCGGCUUCGGACCAACCAUCUGAGGAGCUUGAACAAGAUCCAGAAGCAGAAGUAGAACAAGACAUUGAUGGAUCUUUACAUGAAGAACAGCAUCCCAAUGGGCUCACACCCGAUAAGGAAUCAGAACAAUCAUAUAUGAACCGAGAAGAAAAUGGGGUUGAUGAGUACCAAGAAUCAGAGAAAGACCAAGUCCAGGUGAAAGAUGAAAAAGACCAAGAGGAGGACGAGCAGAAUAACGACGAGGAGUCUAAGACCAUGGUGGACUCUAAGAGACCCAAUAACAUAGAAGAAUUAUCGAAACGAUUAACGGGCGAUGAACCAGAUAUAGAUACUUUAACCGCAGGUAUAACGAGUAGUAAUGAGAACUAUUUUUAAAAUUAACCAUUAUUUAUUUAAUUUAAUUUUCUGUUUAAUACAACUUUCAAUUCUACAAAUGA